AUUCUUGUUAUUUAUUGUGUGAAUUAAAAAAUGACGACUAGAAGUGAUAACUCAAACUGUGAAAAUCAAUCAUGCAGUUUUCCUUUGUCAUCACAUGGUGAUUCUCUGAACAAUGAUAAUCCAAUGAAUUUAAGUAAUGUAAUUCAUUGGAUUAAUUCUUUUGAAUUUACUCGUCCAAAAAAAACCAUUGUCAGAGAUUUUUCUGAUGCAACUAUGGUUGCUGAAAUAAUAAAAUUUUACUGGCCAAAAUUAAUAGACCUUCACAAUUAUGUACCAGCUAGCUCAUUGACAAAUAAGAUUUCGAAUUGGGAUACUUUAAAUAGAAAAGUAUUAAAGAAAGUAAAGUUGCCAAUUUCUAAGGAAACUAUUGAAAAGUUAUCAACAGCCGAUCCAAAUACUAUUUUUCAGUUUUUGAAAUCUUUAAAACUAGUAGUUGAUGAAUUUGAACACGAAAAACAAUUAAGAUUAGAAAAAAAUCAAAAUUGUCCACUUUAUAUCAUAGUUAACGAUGAAAUGAUUCAAGUUACAGAAAAUGAUUGUUGCACUAAAGAAUAUCUCAGCAAAGAAGUUGUAGGAUUAAUAAAUAAACUAAAGCAUAAAAUCAACGAAAUGGAACACAAGAUUGACCACAUGAGUUCAUUGAUAUGUGUGAAAGACAGGCGGAUAAAAGAUUUACAAUCACAAUUAAAUCAGCUGAAAAAAGAUAACUCUUCCUGAACAUGUUUCAAAUGAAUUAUAAUGCUGAUAGUUAUCAAAAUUUGUGGUAGCUUAUUUAAAUUAUUUUCUGCAACAAUAAUUAUAAUUAAUGAAUACUUUACAUGAAAGUUGAAGUAUGUAAUAAAUGUUAAUACAUGACUAGUAAGUAAUAAUCUAACAUGUUUUUGCUAUAAAAUACAUUUUAACUGUGACAAGUGAACUUGAUGGACACAUGUCAAUAAAUACAAAUUAUUUUGUCAUGGAUAUAAUAAUAUUACUAUAGGUAAUUUAUAGUUUGUUUUAAGAAUGUAACUGGCUAAGGCCAUAUUAAAGGAAAUUCUUUUUGAUGA